UAAACAUUAUCGAUUUCUCGUCUGGACGACUUUAACUUGGUUGUUGGCGCUGAAUUAAACACAAACAUAGCCGUGCCGUUUUUUUAUUUCUUAUCGAUGUAUUAAUGUGUUACGUAUUUGAAUACCCAGCGCUGCAAACUCAAUUAUCGCUUACAAAUUAAUACGCGCGUGUUAAGGGGGAAAGUACCGCGUCUUGUCGUUUGUGAUAAAUUUAAGAUCUGAAUUUUACGAAUCUUUUAAAUGAAAAUGUAUAAGUUAUUCGUUCAUUUUCUUGUGACAAUAUCGUGUUCCUUUUCUGUGUUGUCCUUGGAGGUGGACACCUACGAUUUUCUAAUGCCCAAUGUUUGGCCACAUAAGGAUGAACUUUAUCUGUGCACACCCAUACGUAUAUCUCCAAAACACAACUAUUACAUAGUUGGAUUUGAACCAAAUGCCACUAUGCACACGGCUCACCAUAUGCUGCUUUAUGGAUGUUCGGAACCAGGAUCCAAUGAUUCCGUAUGGUCCUGUGGUGAAAUGCAAUCGAACGAGAUAGAUAACCGAUACAACACAGCCAGCCCUUGCCGCACCGGUUCACAGAUAGUGUACGCAUGGGCCCGGGAUGCGCCCAGCCUGCAGCUGCCCGAAGGCGUGGGCUUCCUCAUCGGCCAGGACUCCGCCAUCAAGUACUUAGUGCUGCAAAUACAUUACAUGCAUCACUUUCCGGAGAAUAAAUUGGAUAACUCCGGUGUAUUCCUCAAGUAUACCAAAACACCGAUGCGUCGCGAGGCAGGCGUCAUUCUACUAGGAACAGGAGGAGUGGUAGGAGCUCGCCGCCUCGAACACAUGGAGACGGCGUGCACUAUGCGGGAGGAAAAAACUAUACAUCCUUUCGCCUUCAGGACGCACACGCACGCGCUUGGUAAAGUGGUAUCCGGCUACGUGGUCCGUCAGAAGGAAAGCGGUGAUGAAUGGCAUCUGCUCGGCAAGAAGGACCCGCAGUUACCGCAAAUGUUCUAUCCGGUCACCCAUCCCACUCCCAUCCAACGGGGCGACGUACUCGCCGCCAGAUGCACUAUGAACAACACUCACUCGUAUCCAGUCAGCAUCGGGGCCACAAACAAAGACGAGAUGUGCAACUUCUACCUAAUGUAUUGGGUUGAAGGGGGAUCCCCUUUACAACAGAAGUAUUGCUUCUCGGCCGGACCGCCAUACUACUACUGGAGUCGAGCCCCCGAGGGAUUCAACCGUAUACCCGAUCUGGAAGCUAGCACUCUCUAAAAUAUGUAGAAGAAAGAUUAUUAAGUAUGAACUUAAUAAGACUACAGCAGCUGCUACCAACUGAGACUUAUCUAUUCAUAUAUUUCAUUGUUUAAGUUUUAACAUGUUUAUUAUAAAAGUAAAGAAUUUAUUUUUAGAAAAAAAUCCUCGCGGCCUAGGGACCCGCCGGGCGAUAGCACUGACCAUUAUGCCCGGAUAUCUUAAGGUGCGGGUUCGAGUCCCGUCUGCUGCCUGGUCCGCGUGGAAUUUUUUCUAGUAAAAUUUUCUUUAGUUUUAAACAUCCAGUAGUUAAAAUGCUUAAAAAAAAAGUUUAUUUUAUUUUGAAAUAAAAAUUAUUUUAUUUUUUAUCAAUAUAAAACGGGCGCGUUGCUACAUCUCUCAAUUAAUAAAUCUAAUAAAUUAAAAAAAAAAUACUGCCAAUAUUGGUCAUGAACUUUGUCUUCAGAUCUUACUUAGAAAUUUUACAGAUCUGAUGUUAUAGAUAAUUAAUUAAGUAAUGAUGAAAAAAAAAACUAUCCCUAUAUUUUAACUACGGAAAAAAUACCUUAUACGAUCACAAUAAGGUCAUAAGGCUAUUUAUGAAAAACUAAUAUUCGUAAAUGUCUGGUUUCGACGAAAUAAGUAAUUCCUUGUUUUCGGACUGUGGAUUGAUAUUACGAAAACUCUUAAAACACAUGAAAAUCGUAUUUUGAAUGUUGACACUGUUUUUGUUUUAUAAUUAUGUAUUUAAAAAAAAUCUUUCUUUUUGUAGACUGUUUAUGUAACUUUACAUUCCAAAAUAUAAAAUAUAUAGGUAUGUACUUAUAAAACAUAUAUUUAUCAAGUAUUCAUACUUCUAGUCAAAAUCAUAAUAACAGAAGACUUGUUGUUAUAAACUAAUAAAAAACAUUUAGCAUAAGAUGGAAACCUAUUCUAACUGAAAUUAAUAAAUAUAAUUUCGUACAGAAUUUUUAUUUUGGAUGAUUUUUAUUUAUUUAAAUAGUAACCUUUUAUGUAACUGUCGAUUAAAAAUGAAGACAUGACUUAUUGUCUCCUUACAAAAGAGAAUGAAAUCUAUUAAUUUGAUUUUAAGGCGGAAAAUUGGAGAACAGUGGUGGCAGCGUUCUAAAUAAAUACGUGGUUAUUUUAAAAUUACAGCAAAACAUCGUAUGGUUGGUAUUUCUACUGGAAGCCUGCGCAGUAGCAAUUUGACAUACAAAAGCGUCUACGCAAGUGUAUUUGUCUGUGGUUUUGCUUAAGAAGUUGGUAGCUACCUAUAACCUAAUACAAAAAAGAAUAUUUGUCAUUUGUUAUUGAUGCAUGAUUUCCAUUUUCAAAGAAAAAAAAGCCACCAGCAGGUUUAUUGCCACGCUCGACCGGCCACUGUUUUUCAUUUUACAACGCAAUACUUUUUUUUUUCAAUAAUCACUAUAAAUAGGGGUGAUGACGGGGUACAGUAAACGUAAUUCUAUUUAGUCCGUCAGUUAGAUGAUCAAAAAAUAAUGGACACGUAUUUUUUUUAGGUCAAUCAACCAAAAAAUGACAAAGUUAUAGCGCGUCAAAGUUCGGCAAGCAAAGCGCGGCUCGUGACGUCACUUUUGAGUGAAUUUUCACUUAAAAGUGUAUUCAAACGUGACGUCAUGCGACUUUUCAAUUCAAUAUAUCCCUGCAAUGUUUAUAUUAUGUCAAAACAGAAAAAAUACGUGUCCAAUACUUUUUGAUAAUCUACCUGAUAAACGAAGUAAAAAAAAAAUAGUCAUCAUCCCUAUUACCUAAAAAGAUGAUCUUCGAUGUUCUUUGGUAAUUAGGCCUACAUACUAUGUGUAAGGUAAAUAUAUCUUAAGCUAUAAAAACAUAUUAUAAUAUUAACGACUCGGGCUUGAAAUUCGGACUUGGAUGUGUGUAUAUAAUAGUGUCUAUAUUUGAUAAAAUAUUAUGAACUUAUUUCAAUAAAAGCUAUGUAAUAAAUUACUAGGUAGAUAUUUAAUAAUUGCUUAUUUUAUCAUACGCAGUUAAUCUGUUUGCAUAUGUUAUUUUAUAAUCUUCUAGAUUCUGAGCACGUCGGGUGACCCCAAGAUUUUGAACUUUAAACCCAACAGCUAAGGUUGAAAAUUCAUUGGAUAAUUCUUGAAAGAUUUGUUCAACGUGAAAAGCUGUGUGUACGAAUCUCGACGCUUGUACAAAAGGCGAUUAUAAUUGCAAAUUAUCUUGUUUGUACUUAAUUGUUUGAAACAUUAAUUGUUUAACAGUUCUUGCAAUGAUAGGUACGUAAGAUGACUAUUUUUAGAAAGUGAUAAAAUAUUUAUGUUAUGACUAAAAAUUAUGUAUGACAAAAGGCGUUUUUGUUGAAUAUAUUAUUUUACUAUUUGGUUUUCGAUCGAUAACUAUAUAUUUAAUUGUUAAAUUUAUUCAUUUUAUAAUAUAAUAUAAUAUAUAAUUGAAACAAUAAUAAUUUUGAAAAAAAUUGGGGUUUAUUAUAAUUGGAACGUAAAUGACUAUCAUAAAAUAUACAUUACAUCAUCAGUCAAAUAAAAAUGAAGUAUAUUUUUAUUUAUUAUUUUCUUUCGCUUAAAUUUUUACCAAAAUAGAAAAUGGAAUAUGCAUAUUUAAGAUUCUAAGUAAAUGUAUAGUUAUAAGAAUGCUGACAAUCCAACCUGUCCCUUUUUAAUGCAAUAUCAAUUUAUGUAUGUUUGUAUAUACUACCACACAUCAUGUAACUACAAACUGUAUUCUUUUCUCAACAGAAUGUAAAUCUUAACGAAGUUUUAUAAAACUCAAAGCAGUUAGAACAUUUUGAGUUAAUUAGAGCUACCCAUAUAUAAGUAAAUAAUCCAUAUGUUUUCACAUAAUAAUAUAUAAAUGGCUAUAAGCUAUAACCCGUGCCAAUAAUAAUAAAUGAAUUAAAGCGAUAAUUCUGUUCCUCUCGCACUUACUUUUUGCAAGAUGCGCGAGGUUGGUACAAGCAAAAUUCAACUUUAUAAACCUAAAGAAAAUAUUACUAGAAAAAACUUGUUUUUUUUUGUAGUAAAAAAAUUGUUGAAUUUUUUUGUAGUAAAAACAAUUUUUGAAUUUUUUUGUAGUAAAAAAAUUUUUGAAUUUUUUUGUAGUAAAAAAUUUUUUGAAUUUUUUUGUAGUAAAAAAAGGUUGAUUUUUUUUGUCAGAUUUCAACAUCGAGCAGAACAUGCUUAAAAAUAUAAAAAUUAUAUUCAUGACGUUAGUUAUAAAGAUCUGACUUGCAUAAUGAAAACAAACAAACAGCCGAAUGUUGGUACUUAGCUUACUUUAAAGUAAUAUCUGAUUUGUACCACAAAAUAAUGGGUUCAGGUUAAUAUAGAAAUCGUGAAAUAUCUGCAGAUCUCAACUGCUACAAUUCCUAUAAGGCUUUAAUUGUAUUUCGAAAUAUAUAUAUUUUUAUCUGUGAGACCUUUUGAAGGUCCGUUUUAUCGUCUUAAGCUCUAAUUAUUGUAUCCGUACAUAGCAAAGUGUACCUUAUGGCUAUGAAAUUACAGAUCAAAUACUAUGUCUAACAUAAAACACUCGUUUGUUAAAAAUAUCUUUGUACUUUAGCUACAUAAAUUUCGACUGUAUUACGGGUUAUAAAGAAUAGGGGUGAUGACGGGGCACAGUAAACGAAAUUCUAUUUAGUCCGUCAGUUAGAUGAUCAAAAAAUAAUGGGCACAUAUUUUUUCUUUGGGCAAUCCACCAAAAAAUGACAAAGUUAUAGCGCGUCAAAGUUUGGGAGUAGGGGCUCGUGACGUCACUUUUGAGUGAAUUUUCACUUAUAAGUGUACUCAAACGUGACGUCAUGCGACUUUUCAAAUCAAUAUAUCUCAAAAUGUUUAUAUUAUGUGAAAAAAGAAAAAAUACGUGUCCAAUACUUUUUGAUAAUCUACCUGAUAAACGAAGAAAAAAAAAAUAGUCAUCCCUAUUGAGGUCGUAAUUGUAUACCCAUGGGUACAUUUUGAUUAUAUGGAUGCAAAUAAGCCAAUCGCACUGUACAAGGGUGUUGAAUAGAAGUAAUUUUAUCUAUUCUGGAUUAACGACUAAACAUUAAAAUGUAGGUUGUCUUUUUCAUACUGCUUAUGAGAAAAAGAGACAGCUUGCUUUUAUAUCUAUCAGUUGUUGUGUUAAAUCUAUUUGGUUGGUUCAGAAUAGAUAGAAUAUAUUAGAAUAAUAAAUAGUUAUUGAGUGUAAAACACUUCUAUAUUUCAUUAUAUUAUAUUAUAUUGAAUGGUCUAUUUAUGUCUAAUGUCUGUGUUUUUAUUUUUUUUUAACUUCAAACUAUUCGCUUACAAGCAAAUCUGUAUGUUUGUUUGACGCCGGCGCUUCACUUGGCUAUUCGUGUUCGCUAUUUGUGAACUUGACAUUAGCCUAUCCUUUUCAUUCCUUAUACAAUAUGAUGAGGACAAACUGUUGUCAAGUUUAUAAAUAACAAGUAUGAAUAAUGAAAAUUUGGGAGGAAACAAUAAGUACCUAAACUGAAAAUGGAUUAGAAAGACUAUUCAGGACAAAUAUCUUAUGAUUGAAGAAGUGGCUUCGGCCUUAUAGAAAAAAGAAACAAAAAAAAUCCUUUAAAUGAAGACUAUGGCUGCAUGGCUCUGCCUUUGCCUUUCCCAAGAUGGGGAAAAAAGAUAUAAAAAAAUACAAGCACGAAUAGCCAAAUUAAGUGCCGGAAUGAAAUAAAUAAAUAAAUGUUGUCUAUUCGGGAAGUUCCAGGAUUGUUCCUAGACUUAGCUGAAAAAAUAUAUUUUAAAUAAUCACACAAGAUUUGUCAUUUUGAAGAAAUAGUAAUAAAAAACCAAGGGAAUUAAAUUCUUCUUCCUUCCCUUUGAGUUAUAGGUGUUGCAAAAUCAUAUCGAUGUAUUUAGAUGGAAAUGAAUUAUAUUUUAGACAUAAUAAUAUUAUAGUUGUUAUGAAUGUUACUUUAAAUAUAUCGGAGAGCAAGCUGUGAGUAUGCUAUAAUUCAGGACACUAAUAUUUGAUUCUUUCAUGUGCUCCACAGUUCAGUGUUGCUUAUUGCAUUAAACAAUCAAAUACGGAUUUAAAAUCGAAGAAUCAAUUUUUAUUGAUGAGCGGAAUGUUUUAGAAAUCAUUGCCAAAAAAAUUUAAAAAGCGCACUUUUUGAUGCCACCGAAUGAAAGAUUAUCUUUAUGUGUGACAUUAGAUGGAGACAUUUUCUCCUUGCGCAUCUCGGAACACUAAAGCAUAGAAGUAAUACUAUGACGUUAGAUUUUUUUAGAUUCUCCCUUUUCAGGGAAGGCAAAGGGAACAAUGCCCAUACAGCCUAGUCUUAAGUUUUAUUAUCCCUUUUUUACAUUAUAAUGUCGGUGUGAGGCAUUCUAAUGUUUCUAGGAGUGUUUGCCACGAAAUGUAUCGACUUGGCUCUUUCGAUAAGCUUCUGUGAGGUAGUCAAGUACAAUAAAGUUCUCAAGUCCUCUUGACCGGAAUAGGGUAUAUUUUAAAGAUUCCUCUAAUUCUUCAGUCGCGCAGACAGUUGUAACACAAAAUCACACCAAUUUUAUUUCACAAUAUCCACUAGAAUGGAUUUAAGAAUAAUAAAAAUAAGACGCCAACCGCACUGCAUGAAAUCCCGCUUUACUCUUUCUGUGCCUUAGAUCUUGUUCUGAGAUGCGCAUGCUUGAAUGCAGAUCAUACAUUAAAUUUUAAACGAAAACGGGCGUUCAUAUUUCCCUCGCUUGUAUACAAUUUCUUAUCCAUUAUAGAUGGUUUAAUGUAAAAAGCAACGCAAAUGCAAUAUUCGAUUUCGCUCAACUGGUUCAUUUGUGUUAUUCGAUAGAAUACAAAGUACUUUAAUUAACAGUACCCUUAGCACGAACCAAUAAAUCGAAUUCUAAAUUUUGUAUGGAAACUUGAGGAGCAGCGCCACGAUGGACGUAACGAGAACUAAAAAUCAAUACACAUUUGGCCAUGACAGUUCGCACUCGCAAACUAUUCGAAUUCGAUAUUGGUUUGUGUUAAGGGACUGGUUCAUUUGUUAUUCGGUAGGAUACAAAGUUUAACAGUUAAAAAAACUUACAUUAAUAGUAUUUUUAGUGUCAAUUCACAAGCAACGUAAAUAUCAGUGCGUAUAGGUUUUAUUCGUAGAGUUCAGAAUGAGAUUAUUACUACAAGCAGUUUUCAAUAAAGUGUUUUAAUAUUAAUAAAAAGAAAACAGUGGCCUCGAGAUCAUAUAAUGUGAAAAUAAAACUUGAAAUAAAUAAAGGUGAUAGAGUCUGUGCGGAAAGAGAAUGGGCGUGGCGAAAAACGGAACUAACAUUAAGAUUUUUAUUUGGCAAUCAACCCCAGCAAUUUGUAAAACGUCAAAGUUUUGUAUUGAUACGGAUUUGUUUGUUGUUGUGAUUUCUUGCGGUUUUUUGUAUUUAAUCAUGUCUAAAAGGGGUAAAAUCUUACAAAUACGGUAGAAAAGCACUACAGCGCCCUCCAAUCUAAAUCCCAUUCUCUUUCCGCACAGACUCUAGUGAAAUGCCGAAUGGCAUUAUGAACUAAGAUAACGCCAUCUAGUGACAGAACAGAGAAACGUUGACUAUGAAAAAGCAACCUGUUCGGUACUGGAUAGAUGUCGCUGAAAUGAAAAUGCAGAUUUUCGUAUUAUGUUUAAGUACAUAGUUUCAUUAUGGUUGACCGCGCUCGGCCGUAGCUAAGGGGGGGGGGGGAGGGGGCAUUGUGGGGCAAUGCCCUACUUUAAAAAUACCAAAAACUAAGAUUUUUUUAUAAUUAAAUUGUUUGUUCAUAGUUUGUGAUAAAACAAUUGUAGCCAUGAGUACCUAUUUAAAGUUUUCCGAACAUAGCACCGUUUUGUGACAUUCAUUUCAUAUUAUAAUAAUUCUUUGUUCUGUGUAUAGAUGGCAUUUGCAGCGUCACAUGAAGCGAUGGGUCUAUUUGUGAUGCAGAGGGAAUUCCCCAUACUAUUGCAAAUCUUUCGUACGGGUAAUCCCGUACAUAAUAAACAUUAACUAAAGAUUGAUUAUGAUUGUUUGUAGUUUGGUUAAGUGAAGUGUACGGUAAAGAGUGUUUUACUCAAAAAUCAAUACAAUUGUUAUUUCUAUCAAUACGUUUUCAACUUUAAUGGGUCACGAGAGAAUGGCUGAUAUGAUAUUUUCGACCUUUGAAAAAAAAAACAAAAUCAGUUGAUCUAAACGAAGUUCUUCGCAUUUUUAAUAAUAUGGCGAAUUGUAGAAUUCAGCUGUUUUAAAUAUUUUUUUAUUAAUAUAUUAAUUUUUAUAAUAAGUUUUCAAAAACAAUAUGAUCUAAAUACAGUGGCGGCGCUAGGCGUCGGCGAAAAAAUUUUUACAAGUUACCUAUUUAUUUUCGUUUUUCCUGGCCUGGCUUAGGUAGCCGACCCCGAACAAUUCGGGGAAAAAGCUAAGCAGAUGAUAAUGACUUUUAUUAAUUUGGAACACGUGCGUGAUGGAAGCGAGUAGUACUUUACGGGUAUUCAGAAUCGUCUGUCUGGCAACACUAUUUUUGUAAUUAAAUUUUGUAUAUUCGUAAUUAUUUUUUGUCAUCAUUUGAUUAUCAACAAUAAAACUCGUUUACUCAUACAUCAUCAUCAGCCUAUUAAUGUCCCCACUGCUGGGGCACAGGCCUUCCCUACGGAUGGAAUAGGGAGCUUGGGCCAUGACCCACCACGCGGGCCCAGUGCGGAUUGGCGGGUGCUAACGACUGCAGAUGCAACCUAGACCAACGGCUUAACAUGCCUUCCGAAGCACGGAGUAACUCAAGAUAGUAAAUUUUUGGUCACCCAUCCAAUGACCGACCACUGCGAAAGUUGCUUAACUUCAACGAUCACAGCCGAAUGCACUAACCACUUGCGCCAUCGAGCUACUUAGCUUAGCUUACUCAUACGUUAUUUUAUAAUUUGGCUCACUUAAUUUAUCGGUUUUUUACUGCGAAGUAAAAUAGGCCUCGCGAACUUGAUGUCGCCGACGUCCACAUCUAGCGCCGCCACUGUCUAAAUAGUAGUUUUGGUUGUAUCUAUUUACUCAUAUCACCCCACCCAACAAUAAAUUAUUACCUCACUCUCACUCAGACGUGAAUCAUCAUCAUCAUCAGCCUAUUAAUGUCCCCACUGCUGGGGCACAGGCCUUCCCUAGACGUGAAUAUCUACAUCUAAAUCUUGAAGUUCAACCAUCUUGUUCCCUUGUUCUUCAUCAUUGAGGAUUAUGUAUAUUAUAUUGUAUAUCAAUGUACAUUCAAUAGCUAUUCGUAGACAAAUAAUUUCUGUGACAGAGCAUGAGCAUUAAUCUAAGUGUCGCCGCACACGGGCCACACGCCACAGCCACAAAGUGGCUGAAGCGCGCGACAGCGGCCGACUAAGGUAAGGGGGAGAGUGGGGAAUUGCGCGAGUGACGUGUGGCGGCGUUUUGUAUCUGCGCAUUACGUGGCAGGUGCGGGCCACAAGAAGCGAACAGCGACGAUUUGUAGCGUGUGGCGGCCACCGGCGCGGCGUGCCGUGUGUGGAGAGUCCAUAUAAAAUGUAUGAAAACUACAAGAAAUAUGCCGGUGGCGGCGUUUUGUGGUUGUGGUCGGUGGCCCGUGUGCGGCGACACUUAGAUUAAUGCUGCAAUAGCUAUUGAAUGUACAUUGAUAUACAUGGUGACUGAUUUAGGAGCCAGUGCUCUGAGGGCAGAUUUUAUGAUAUUUUUUUACUUCCGCCCUACCUCAAAUUCGACUACAGCCAUGUGACCGCGUAUUCAUUAAUUAGGCGAGAUUACGUAUUCCUGUUGAAUAAGUUUGAAUGAAAUUAACUUAAAUGCAAUGAAUUUACUCGUUUGUGAAUUGUGACUCUGUCUUUAAUCGCUGACAAGACAAUGUGAUCUUCUUAUAACCUCAUGUCUGACUUACAACUAAUGUAAUGGAAUGUGCAAAAAUAAAUAUAUACGUUAUAUUUUAUGGCUGUGUCUUUUAUUUUAACAAUGGUUAACUUCCUGUUUAUACGUCCAAUUAAAAAAAGUAAAGAAGAUUGCUCAGC